GGGUUCACAGCCACCACCGUCAUCUUCAAGGCGGCUGCUGGGGCAGGGAUGGUGGGCUCCGGGGUGGCUGUCCCCGCGCUCACCGCCUGGAGCCGCGGCUCCGCAGGCCGGGUGCCAGGCGGCUGACAGCACCCCGCCGUGCCCGCUUUGCCAGCCAUUACCGUGCUGCUGUCGCUCCGGCCGGGCCUGGCUCAGCCUCUUAAUUACCCCGACGGAUCAAUGGAGGCCCUGGCGCUUCCUCGGCAGCGUGCGGCUGCGAGCCCGGGCGGCCGCCGCUCGUUGCAAACCGCGACGGGAGGCGGGGGGGGGGGGGGGCAGCGGCGCGGGCAGGGCUGGCUGCGAGGGAGCUGGGGCCCACCAAGCCCCACGAGAGGUUGGUGGCUUUGGAGCCAAGGGGCUGAGCAUCCUGCGGGAUUGAGCCCUUUGUCUGUCCCUUGGGGGUGCAGGCGGCAGAGCAAAAGGUGCCCUGGGUGCCCACGUGAAUGCAUAUAGGCAGGGCUGCGCUGAGGCAAGCCACUUCAGAGACUAAACUGCACUUAGCCUCUGCCCAGAUUCUUUUAAGUGGCCUUAAUUUGAUAAAGCUUUCCCGCAUUUAAUGAGAAGGUGACUCAGUCGCUAAGUUUGACGUUCAUUCCCACUAACAGGCAGCUCGAGACCCGUCCCCAUCGCUCCCUGCUCCCGCACGGGUGCACCUCCGCUCCUGCCGUGCCCUGGGGAGCAGCCCCUGCUGCCUGGCACAGAGGUGGGGUGCUGCUUUUGGGCCAGGUUUCGGCUCAGCAUUUACAGGGGGUAGUGCCCGAGUGCUCGUCCCGAGUCCCGUGCUCCCCCCACGGCACCCGGCAAACGCCACCGCAGCCUCUCCCCCACCGCACGCUUCGCAGUUUAUGUGUCUCUAGAUCCGCUCCUGCAGCACGAAAGGGCAGAAAUCAAUGUUAAUGUCCCUGACAAUUAGCUAACGUCUUAAUUAUCGAACUCAGCCUGAUUAGUGGUGGAAUGCAUGGCUCGGGAGACGCCGUCGGCAUGGAAGCAAGCAGGACCGUGGCAUAACUCAGCAGGAUGUGGCUGCUGUCGCCGUCGGCUCCAAGGGCAGUACAGAAAGGCUUUUGCUGCUCACCCAGCACUCGAGCAUCCCCGUCCACACCUUGCACCACCCCGCCUCGGCCUCCCUCGAGCCAUUUUGGAUGCAGACACCCACCGCAGAAGCAAUCCCCCGUUGCCAUCUCAAGGGUGGGAGGGGCACCUCUAGAAAUCGCAACAGGCUGUUUUUAAGAUGCAGCUCGCGACGAGUGACAGUCUGGGCCAUGCAGCGGCCAUCACCGGAGGGACACCGGGGCGUUCUGCUGCAGGCGACGGGGACAAGGAGGGCUGCAACAAGAUCAGGAAGGAGGUUGUGGUCCUAGGAAAGUUUGCCAAGAAAUUUGCAUUGGCGCUCUUCUUCCUUUUGCCUUAAGGUUUUUAUAGAAAGAGAACUGGGGGGAAAAAAAAAAACCAAGCUGGAAGUUUUCCAACUUUUGUGAUACUAAAUUCUAAAUCAAAAAAAGAAAAAAAGGAAAAAGAGUAGUCAGAUGCUUCUCAUCAAAUCUUCAUCCUUUUGGAUCAAGGAAAAGUGAUUAGAAAGUUAUUUUCAGCUCUAGUAGUAGAGUCAAGGGGGUUCCUUGUUUCCAAAGAGCUUUGCUCUCCUCGGCAUCCAGGAGGAUGCUGGUGUGAGCAGAGAGGUGCACCCCGAUAAGCAUUGCCCCCAACCCUGCAAAAUCAGAACUUCCCCCCCCCCCCCCCCCCCCCCCCGCCAUCGAUAUGAACUGAGGACUGUACAGAACUAUAGCAACUUCUGCACGUACUUAUUUUUCUACCACCCCUGCUCGAGAGGAGCAAAUAAAUCAGCCGAGCUGCCGGCGGCGCUGGGAAGCUGCUCCUCGGGGACAAGCUUGCCGCCGAACUCCGCGCCGGCUCUCCUGCCCGCCGUGGCUUGCCCGUUCCUGCCGGGCUUGGGGCUUCAAGUCGCUGUUGGCAAGGACGCUGGCGUGCGUCAGCGCCGUCCCCAAGCACGGGCCCGCCUCGGAGGUGCCGCUGCUCAGGGCGUCAAGAAGAGGCAGGUGUAAAUAAGAGCUCGUUUAGCAAGGUUGGCAACUGCUGCUUUAAGGGACUCCGCACAGCGGGAGGGGACCUUUUGGAUUUGCACCAGCUAAGCCCUUGGAAAUACUCGAUUCUGACUGUUUUCACUGCUCGGUAGUAAAAUAUGAGGUGGCCUCAAAGAAAUGUCUCGCGUUCAGCCGCGAAUCUCAGAAUAAGCUUCCCCAGGGAAAGCAGCAGAGCGGGUGGAAAUGAUUUCUCGCUGGUCUGGGGGCUCCAGCCCAAGGGAAGAGGUGGCCCAGGGUAGCUUCGUCCCUAAUAUCUGUCCCCAUGGUGGUCUUUCAGAAGAAGUUUGCUGCCUUGAGCUGCGGUGCUGGGAGGGGAGGUGGGGGAGGGCGUUUGGAAGGGAAGGACAGCAUGGGGAGCCCCUCUUGGGGAAGGCACGUGGGGGUGUCCCCCGUGGUGGUGGCAGCAAGGGACCAGUCAGUGCUGGUGGGAAGCUGUUAGCACCCGGGAUGGUUUGCUGGAAGAGACAGUGCUCUGCUUGGUGCUCCCCUCCUCCAAAAAAAAAAAAAAAAAAAAAAAAAAGUCCCCUCCUUGCUUUGAAUCAAAGGAAGGAUGUUUCCACAGCCUCCUGAUUUACACCAGGAAAGGCUCGGGGAGGGCAGCGGGGUGACUGGUGCGAGACCAGCUGUACCAGUCCGUGGUGGUGUGAAGUGGCAGGGGAGGAGGCCAGUCUCCCACAGCGCCCGUGGAAAAAGCAUCCCCUUGACUGUACAGACCGGGGUGCAGGGAGGGGGGCGAGCAGCCCCUGCCCCCCCCCCCCCCCCCCGGGCCAGCCCCACCUCAGCUGGAGGUGGUCAGGAACCACCUAAAAGCCACAGACGGUGACAAGGGACAAGGAGAUCGGCCGUGCCGAGCCUGUUUGGGGUGCAACAGGCAGGCUACCUAGCACACUGGUUAUUUAAGCAAGGUGUUUUGCUGGCACAGCCAUAUUUAACGCUACAAGCAGCGUGUUUCCAUGAGCAGGGUUUAGAAAGAUGCUGUUCAAGGAUCUUUCUUCUCGGCCAGGUGCCAAAACGCUGCUUCCCUCCUUGCUGUAGGGGAGAGGGACCCCUCCCGGGCACCACAGCUUGUCCCGGCUACCCGGGUCACCCCAGCAGCAGGACCCACGGCCGCAGAGCAGCGGGGGGGGGGUGAGCUGGGAGGGUUCAAUCCUGAGCCUUGCGUGCUCCGUCGGUCUUCAGGCCACCUCAAUUUUAAUUGCAUCCCCAGAUAUUCCUGGGGAGGAGAGCAAAGCGCCUGCCUGCUUCGGGCAGCCGCUGCAUCCAGGCUGCCUGCUUUCCCCUGGCCCAGCUUUGGUUACAGGCAGGGAGGAUUUUCAGAGCAGCCGAGGUGCCUCAGCUGCUCAGCCAUCACCCACACGUGGCAGCGCAUGAGCAGCUCCGGGAGCAGCCGGCAUCGGGUCCUGCCACAAUUCGGGGUGGGAGGGGAGGGGGGGGGAAGACACCCCCCUCCAACACUCGAGGUGCGGAGUGAGGACACCAGCCUGACAUUUCCCAUCCCUCUGCCCACCCCGAUCUGUUUGUUUGGGGCAGGAUUUGGGCACAUUGUGGCCAUGGGGGACUCCACGCGCCAGGAGCUGGAGGCAACGAAUGAGGUGUUAUGUGGCUGCCUGCAAGGCUGGGAGAAACCAGGGUGAGACGCAGAAAGAUAGUGUGUGUGGGGUGGGGGAGACAGAAAAAACCCUGCCUGCUGCUCCUGUCCGCCCCUGCCCGCCCCGCUGCCCCGGCACUCCCAAUCUGGUGAUGCGAAAAUUUCAGCUUUUGUUUAAAAUUAACAGGGCCCCAGCCUCGAGGGCUGAGCGAGAAGCUGAGAAAGCGUAAUCAAAGUGCACCCUUAAGGGUUUAAAAAUAGAAAAGAGGGAAAAAAAAAAAAAAAAAAUUGAAAAAAUAAUAAUACAUGUUAAAGCACGAUGAUUCAUCAGCAAAGCCCUGUUUGGGAGAACACGGGGCUGGUGUGUGCUCAUCAGGGGUGAGCGUUUGGGCUCCGGGCUGCCACUGGCCACCUUCCCAGAAUAAAAAUCACCUCCCCUGGAAGCACGGCAGUGAUGGGGUCCCUAUUUUUAGGCAAACAGCUCCUGCUGUCCGGCAGGACACCUCACCUCCUCUCGGCUCUGCUGGACCUUGUAGCUCCCCUUCGCUGGCAAAUUCAGGCCCCGGCCCCGGGGCCGCUGCCCCCCAGCAAAGCUCCAGCUUUAAUCCCACAGGUGCUGCCAUGCUGGGCUAUGAGAGCAGAAAGGUCUUGGCUUGACAUAAACACCAGUUGCAUUCAAAACACCACUGCCAGCCUUGGGGUGGAUCCAUGCAUCCAUCCAUCAUCUCAGCCACUGGUGGGAUGCAAAGGAAAGUCUAACAUUAACCACACACAGCUCAGUCCAUAGAGAAACUAAUUUUUUCCAGUUCCCUACAUUUAUUUUUUUUUAGGCCUCCCCCUGCCCCCGCAAAAAAAAAAAAAACCAAACCAAAAACCAACAAGCUGCACAUGCUCAUGAUGGGCAUCCCCAAAGGGCAGGGCGCAGAGACAGCCCGCUGCCCCCGCCACACGGGCACCCCACAGCAGCAAGCUUGGCUCGUCGGGCUGAUGCACGGCAGAGAAAAACAAAAAGAAAAAGCCAGAAAUUUCUCAAACGGGCACUAGCCAGGCUUUCAUUUGACUUCAGCAGCAGCCAGCACCCCUUGACCCCAGAAACUCUUACCUCCUGCGGCACAACCGGAGCGUGGCUCUCCCCGGAGCACCGCUUUCCCUUCAGCAGCAUCCCAGCACCCCACUUGCCUUUAGCUUGGGGUCGCACCCGGUUUAUAUGUGGCACCUCACACGGGCUCCCCCUCUUCCCACGGUGCCGUUGCAGGGCAGGGCUGUCCCGGAGGAUCGCCGCGGGGCGAGAGAAUGAAGAAGCCGGUCGGGCGGCAGCAGGAUGGGGCGGCAGGACCUCCCGCGCGCUGACGGGCCCCCACUGAUGCUCCCGUGGCCACUGGCCCUCCUGGCCCUGAGCUCGUGCUGCCCCUGGGGGGUGGCCGGCGGGGCGGGUGGCACGGUGCCCCAGCAGCAUGCCGCCCUCGCGACCCCUUCUUCCUCCUCCUCCUCCUCUUCCUCCGGCCGGGCACCCCUCGACUGGCUCCUCACCGACCGGGGACCCUUUUACCGAGCCCAGGAGUACGUGGACUUCAUGGAACGCUACCGGCAGGGUUUUACCACCAGGUACAGGAUCUACAGAGAGUUUGCUCGUUGGAAGGUGAAUAAUUUGGCCUUGGAGAGGAAAGACUUCUUCAGCCUGCCGCUUCCCCUGGCCCCCGAGUUCAUCCGCAACAUCCGUCUGCUGGGACGCCGACCCAGCCCCCAGCAGAUCACCGACAGCCUCAUCAAAAAAUAUGGGACCCACUUCUUGCUCGCCGCCACGCUGGGAGGAGAGGAGUCCCUGACUAUUUUUGUGGACAAGCGCAAGCUGAGCCGGAGGGCAGAACCCGCCGGGGGGGCUGGGAACAGCUCGGGGGUCUCGCUGGAGACCCUGCACCAGCUGGCAGCCUCCUACUUCAUCGACCGGGAGAGCACGCUGCGCCGGCUCCACCACAUCCAGAUAGCCACGGCUGCCAUCAAGGUGACCGAAACACGGACGGGGCCACUCGGCUGCAGCAACUACGACAACCUGGACUCCGUGAGCUCCGUCCUGGUGCAGAGCCCCGAGAACAAAGUGCAGCUCCAAGGGCUGCAGAUGGUUCUCCCUUCCUACCUGCGGGAGAGGUUCGUGGCGGCCGCCCUCAGCUACAUCGCCUGCGGCUCGGCCGGGGAGCUGGUGUGCCGCCGGAGCGACUGCCGCUGCCAGUGCCAGCCCGCCUUCCCCCGCUGCAACUGCCCCGAGGCCGACGUCCAAGCGCUGGAGAACAGCCUGGCCCAGCUCCGGCGAGCCUGGGAGAGCCACCACGGCCAGUUCGAGGAGUCAGAGGAGUUUCAGGCGCUGGUGAAGAGGCUCCCCGGGGACCGUUUCCUGAACAGGACAGCCAUCUCCCACUUCUGGGCCAUGGACCUGGAUGUCCAGCAUCGCUACCAGCAGUUGGGCACCAGCCUGAAGCUGCUGUCCAGGAAAACCCACCGACUCAUCCGGCGGCUCUUCAACCUCAGCAAACGUUGCCACCAGCAACCUCGCUUCAAACUGCCGAAGGAGAGGUCCCUCCCUUACUGGUGGAGCCGGGCACAGUCGCUCCUGUACUGCGGCGAGACCUCUGUGCCAGGGACCUUCCUGGAAGAAAGCCACAGCUGCACGUGUCCCCCCGACCAGCCCUCCUGCCAGGGCUCCGUACCGUGUGCCUUGGGCGAGGGGUCAGCCUGCGCCAGCUGUGCCGAGGACAACAGCACCCGCUGCGGGACCUGCAACCACGGCUACGUGCUGGCCCAGGGCUUCUGCCGCCCCGAGGUGGCCGACUCGCUGGAGCACUACCUGGGGCUGGAGACCGACCUGCAGGACCUGGAGCUCAAGUACCUCCUGCAGAAACGGGACAGCCGCAUCGAGGUGCACUCCAUCUUCAUCAGCAACGACAUGCGCCUGGGGAGCUGGUUUGACCCCUCCUGGAGGAAACGCAUGCUCUUGACCCUGAAGAGCAACAAGUACAAGCCCGGGCUGGUUCACGUGAUGUUGGCCCUCUCCUUGCAGAUCUGCCUCACCAAGAACAGCACGCUGGAGCCUGUCAUGGCCAUCUACGUCAACCCCUUUGGGGGAAGCCACUCGGAGAGCUGGUUCAUGCCCGUCAACGAGGGCAGCUUCCCGGACUGGGAAAGGACUAACGUAGAUGCCUCUGCCCAGUGCCAAAACUGGACGCUCACCUUGGGCAACAAGUGGAAGACCUUCUUUGAAACGGUCCAUGUCUACUUGCGGAGCCGCAUCAAGUCUCUGGACGACAGCUCCAACGAGACCAUCUACUACGAACCCUUGGAGAUGGCAGAUCCCUCCAAGAACCUGGGGUAUAUGAAAAUCAACAGCUUGCAAGUCUUCGGCUACAGCCUGCCCUUUGAACCCGAUGCUAUUCGCGACCUGAUCCUUCAGCUGGACUACCCCUACACCCAGGGCUCCCAGGACUCGGCCAUGCUCCAGCUGUUGGAGAUCAGGGACCGGGUGAACAGGUUGUCACCCCCUGGCAAGACCCGCCUCGACCUCUUCACGUGCUUGCUCCGCCACAGGCUCAAGUUGGCCAACAACGAGGUGGUGAGGAUCCAGUCGUCCUUGAGGGCCUUCAACGCCAAGCUGCCCAACGCGGUGGAGCAGGAGACGGGCAAGCUGUGCAGCUAACAGCCGGGGCCGCCCAGAUCUCGGAGCGAGGGGGCUGGGAGAAAAGACUCCCCAGGGUUGGAGGUGGGGGGGGGGGGGGGGGGGGGUGGGGAGGGGGCAUAAAUAACCACCC